GCUUGGCUCGUAAGGCACGACACAUUUUCACGCGUGCGUUAGGUGCUUGAGCUUAGAGGAUAUUCCUCGUGGAAGAAACAACGCGAACGAUGUGGAAAACGCUUCGGAACGAGAGCAGCAGGGACAGCCGGAAGCACGAGCAAAGACGGACAAGUGCGCGCCUCGACAUGGCGUUCGCCUUCGAGUCGCAACCGAAGAAAACGAGCGCUCGCGCUGCCUCUCCUCGCCUCGCGUGCUCGCUGCUAUAUAAUCCGAGGAAAUUAUUUUAAUGGGAGGCUAAGGGGCUUUCUACGUAAGGGGACAUUGGACGUGUAUCAAGAUGAUCAGGGUAAAAAACUGAUUGUUUGAUUGACAUCUGGGUGUGUCUCUGAUUGUGCAGGAUGCGGGCAAUCAUAAAAAAUAUAGAUCUACUAUAUUAACAUUAUUAGUACAAUAAUACUUCUUCUUUUACCAUGGUCGUCGCCGCUCGAAUCGUUGUGCUGUGCUUAAGCAUCUAUGCUUAAGCGUUGCGAUUUUUCUUCGAAAUAUCGUAUUGAACGCCAUCAACGAGUGCGGCGAUGGCCCGCUGUACUAAAAUUCUAGGAAGUGCCUGUUAAAAAACAAGCCAGAGUCACUCGCGCCUUGACGAGCCUGCAGGAGGUGGCGAUCGCGUUCGGAGACGCUGCCGCGUCGCCCUUCUCGCAGCUUUCUGGUUAACUCAAUAAAGUCGUGGGAUCCACCAAUUCUUCUUUUUUAUUUUUAAGCGAUAAAUCGGUGCGCUUUUUUUUUAAGUCUCGAAUCCUAUCAAUUCAGUGUGUCACCUGGUCGUCAUAGAUAAGCUAUCUGCCUUACGUACCAGAUUAAAUUGGGCCUAUCUAUAGUGGAAUAUUCCGAUAACCUCAUUGCGAUGGAAACAUCCCAUGGUGAUAGUUUUAAUUCGUGUAAAUGUUUUUUUCAUCGGCGGAUGUGAAUUCUCGGAAUUUCGUUACGACUGUAAUAAGCUUACGGGCAUUCGUAAAUUCAAAUUUGCUGCCAAUAGAAUUGAUUAUUUUUAACACCGACGUGGUCUGCCAUCUGCCGUCUUAUGAUGCAAACCUGACAACAAGACGGCAAGAUUUUAAAGGUUAUGGCCACUUGUGUAUAUAUCGCCCAACGUCCAUAGAUCAUAAUGAUAUUGCCAAACGUUACACGAGAUAUUGUACCUUGUGAUCAAUUUCCUCGAUAUUUUAUGCAAAAUUCUGAUAUUAAAAGAACAACGAUUAGUUACUAUAGAUAAAAGUGAUUGAAAUUGAUUCAGUGAACAAUGGAUGACGAAGCGGAAACGUACAAGCUCUGGAGAAUUCGUAAGACAGUAAUGCAGCUAUGUCAUGACAGAGGUUAUCUUGUCACCCAAGAUGAAUUGGAUCAAACUCUCGAGCAGUUCAAGGAACAAUUUGGUGACAAACCCAGUGAGAAACGACCGGCUAGAAGUGAUUUGAUCGUUUUAGUCGCUCACAAUGACGAUCCUACUGACCAGUUAUUUGUCUUCUUCCCGGAUGAACCUAAAAUUGGUAUCAAAACAAUUAAGACUUACUGCCAGCGGAUGCAAGAAGAAAAGAUUCACAGAGCGAUUAUUGUAGUUCAGUUGGGAAUGACACCAUCGGCCAAACAAUCACUGGUUGACAUGGCACCUAAAUACAUUCUGGAACAAUUUUUGGAGUCUGAACUGUUGAUCAAUAUCACUGAACACGAAUUAGUACCCGAACACAUAGUUUUGACUCCAGACGAAAAGGAGGAAUUAUUAAACAGAUAUAAACUGAAAGAGAAUCAACUUAUGCGUAUCCAAGCAAAUGAUCCAGUAUCCAGAUACUUUGGUUUGAAAAGAGGACAAGUUGUGAAGAUUAUCAGACCUUCAGAAACUGCUGGACGAUAUAUCUCUUAUAGGCUGGUGUGUUAAUGACAUAAAAUAUCAGAAAAAAGAUCUAAAUACUUUUGUAAUAUUGAAAAGUAAAACUUACUUUGAACUUUAAUGCAUAAGACUUGUGGGUAUAGUUCAUUGUAUUAGAAAGAUUAAUUUAUAGAUAAGAUUCACAUUCAUGUUCUUUGUAAAAUACGUUGUUUAAAGUAAAUGAUUAAAAUAAUA